AUGGCAGAUACGAUUUCCAAACUCCUGGCCAAAGUGGAAUCCCUGGAAGCAGAAGCCAAGGCGCAUUCCAAAACUACCGCCAACAUCCCACUAUCCUUGGCCGAAAUUGCCAAGGAAGUCAAGCAGCAAGACGACAAGAAGUACACGGUGGUGGUCGAAUUUGCUGCAGAAGGACAAGAUGAAGCCACCAACAACGCUACCGACAGAACGCUGGCCGAACAACUCGUGACUUCCGCGGGAUUAGACACAAGUGCGAUCCAGAAAGUUUGGAGACAUACCGGCAGCAGUUGGAAAGCUGGUCAGCGCCGCCCCCGCCCCUUGAAGAUCAACUUGGCCGAACCCAACAAGGCACAUGAUGUCAUCAAAGCGCUGCGAGCAGCCAAAAAUUGGUCCUGGCUGCCCCCAAAGGCCCAUGUCCGGCGUGACCUGACCCGAGCCGAACAAACCCAACUACACGAAGCACGACGAAAAUGCCACACCCUCAACACCGCCGCCAACGCCUCCAAAUACUUUGUUGAUGACCUUUUUGAUGUAAAAGAAAAAAAAAGCCCGCGUCCAUGGUCAACUGCUCAGGUGAGUGCGUCGGCUUAG